GUUCUUUUCGCACUGGCACAGAUUUUCAUUUUCCAUCACCGAGCUUUGAUUUGGUUGUACACGUGACCUUCGUAUGGUAAUAGUAACAAGCAAAUUAUUUUCUUUUCUUCUUGUCCUUUUAUCGCAGUAUCAAAAUCGUGUUGUCAUCUUAUCCCAACACAAAAAUCACGAUCCAGUUGCUUAUAAUUAUCCAAAGUUCUUUUCUUCCACCUCUAUGUGUUGAAAAGUUUAGACUCAUUUAAAAUAGAAAUACAUGUUGGCAGAGAAGUCAGCAACAGCAUACGUACUCGUAGUUGACUCUUGAGGACAUCACCCCGACCAUGGCGGACGAUUACGACUACGAAAAGCUGCGCCCGGCUGACGUAUUGUUCAUGCAGGACACGAUCAGCGAUGAAUUCCAGAAGAAUGGUGGAACCCUUCAGGAGCUGGUCAAGCGGCUCCGCGAAGAGAAUCCUACGGUCGUCAUGAAGAGCAUGAUGAUCGACGUUCUGCGGCGCAGCGACGGCAAGCUGUACUCUGCAGACAAUCGCCGCUUGUACUGCCUCAAAAAGGCUGUUCCUGACACACCCCUCACGUGCUUCGUCUACAACAACGAGGAGGCGUUCAGCAAGAUCACAGAAGUUAAGACCCUAAACCCUUCACUAUCCCGUUCCCGUGUGCUGAGAUGUUGCGUGCUGAGAAGUUGCUGUGGCCGCCUGAUUUAAAGGGGAAUAUAUCAAGGGGGAUAAUGAAGCAGGGGCAGGGCAUCUCACUCAAACGGGGAUAGCGAAAAACUAGCGUUAAAGAAAGAAGCUCACUCGACGCCAAAUUCAACACAAGUGACGGACGGUUCAUAACGGUGCGGCCAAAAGGGUACAAACGCCAGUUCCAGAAAGAACACAACAACCUGCUGUUUGAGCGCCAUGUUCAUUUGCAGAAUAUCGAGGGAUACUACGAGCAGAUAUUCUCAGAUCCUCCGACAAAUCCUGCGCCGUCUUCUAAGAGGGCUUUGGCCACGGAAAAGCAGAACAACACUAAAACUAGAAAGGCAUCAAGAACGUCAAACAAUGAGACUUGUUCUCCAUCAAGUUCAUGUUCAUCUAGCUCGUCGUCCGCAACUGGUGGUGGUUCGUCUGAAGCUGGGAGUCGUGCUAACAGUUCCUCUCACCGUGGAGGAAUUCUAUCGCGGGACAAGCUUAUUGCGAUCUUUUUGCGGAAGUUCGACCUCGACAAGUAUAAUCUGAUAGCGGACAAAAUCGAGUUCGAAAAGAGCGAGUACGAAGGGCGGACUCUAGUGAUUCUUCGUGGGCGCACGAGAGACGACGUAGUAAAGGCUGGAGACAAGUGCGUGGAGCUCGAUGAGCAGAUGAGCGAAGCUUCCUCCAGAUCUAGACCCCUGAUCAAAAUGGAGCAGACCACAAAUGAUAGUGGGAAGAUAACGGUUCCGCUUGACGAAGUGGAGGAGCAGCGGGGAAAAAUCAUAAGUGAAGUUGACGUCGAGGUCGACGUCGAUGCGCUUGUUGAUAAGGAGAAGGAGCAGAGGGAAUUGUCGGUUUCGGACUCCUUUCAGGCUAAAUCUAAAGGUAAAAAGCAGUCGAGAAACUCCCAACCUCGAGAAGAUCAACAUGUUCGAAACCCUGGUUCUUCUAGUGCCGAUAAAAAUCGUCCGAAUGGAAAAGGAAACGCAAAACCUUCUACUUCUUCACGAAUGAAAGACAGAAAAUCCGCCACUGAUUCUCUGUCAACCAUAGGCGUGAAGGACGAGUACGAGCAUAACAAUAUAGGUAGGGAAAACAAGGGAAAAAACCGGAAAAAAGGAAUCAUGAGUCCUCAUCCUGUGUGUCCUGAUGAAGUUACCUGGGGGAGAAAAUCAGCUUCAACAGUAUCAUCUUCAAAGGCAGGAGAGGAGCAGGCGGACAGCGCAGGGUCAUGCGGAUCCGGAAAUCAGGAGAAGUGUUUCCAUACUAGGAGCGAAGAGAAAACACACUUUGUUUGGCAUUCGUCUCAGAGUCUCAUUUCCAGUAUCGACAGAAGUCCACAUCAGUUUCUUCAGUUUGCCGCUUGUUCGAAAGGAGGGACAUCCUAUGGGAACAACUCACAAGAACAACACAAGGGCACGCGUGUGCGAUUGGGAAGCAAUGUAAUAUUGGGGAAUGUUAUCCACUCUACUGCAUCCCGCGCGCAGAGAAGGCAACUCUGCCGUGAGCGCCUUAGUGUAGAAGCGCUCGCUAGUAUCGACCUGUAUCACGAGGAGACACGAGGUGUUGAAAAUUCCUUACAUCAAGAAUCAUCUUUGGAAGCUGAAGAACGGGAUAUCAAGCCGUCGUUUUGCCGCGCUCUUCUCCCUUUCCUAAAAGAAUCUUGUUCUGGGACACGACCAUUUCUUGAGAACAAUGAUAAGACGCGGGUGAUUUACAUGUCCUCGGAGCUGCUGCAGAAGCUUUUGUGCUUGCACACAGAACUACAACACUCGAAGCUGCGCACCGAGCUCCAGUUUUAUGGGUAUUGUGACUCGAACACGGGUUACAUAAUCUUAUGGGAACAGGGAGAAGAACAGCCUCCAACAUCUUGUGCACCAGAUGAACGCAAAAACGAUAGAGAACAAGACGACAACAGCAAACGACCCGCUUCAAAGAAGCAGGAGCAUGAAAAGUGUGCAUCUAGCACGAAGGCUCUCAAGAAGCUGCUUGCUUCGCGCAAUUUUGAACAGGCGAUUACGUCUGUUUCCGGAGACGACGAGACCAAGACGAAAAUAUCUGCAGGAGGAUGUCCCAUCGCCGUUUCAUCGCUAAACUGCGAAGUAUCUUCACUAGUUGAGAUACCUGAACUUGCCAAAUUUAUUCCGGGGUUCCCUUCAGGUGAGCGAUUCUGCACGUACUCUUCUUAUGGGUCGAUUAUAGAAACCGCCGCAACCAAAAAGUCAUCCUGCACCAAGAAGGAAGACAAGGAUACUAGCAAGAGAGUUCACGUUCGCUGUCGCAAACAGAAGGGAAGCAAGUCCGACGACGUGAGGAAGAUUCUCUAUCCAGGGAAGCCUUACGAGAUCUAUUGUACUAUUUCUAUUCACAUUUUUUUUCUACCUUGAGUUUAAUCUUAUUUUCUUGAGAUGAUAAAACUAGCGUAAGUAUUCUGUAAAUAGAGGCACCAUAAGCAGAUGAAGAUGCAUGAAUCAAUGAGAAGAAGCUCAACUCGAGUACUUGUUCUAGAUCCAAAUGAUUUCAUCGUAGGCAAAAUGCUGUCGAGCGGUUGUGACGAGUUCGUUUUUGCUGGCCAUGACGCGAAUGGACGCGUACAAACUUUGCAUUGUCUCGAAAGCAUUGGGGACUUCCGCUACACUUUUCGCCUGGGUCGCGACUUGGAAAGCGCAGGAAGCUUUCUAGGGCCUUUCUUUGCGUGGUUCUUGAAUCAGCUUCGCAUUGUACAUCCGGACACGCCUAUGCAUUUCUCUCAAGUAGAUGUCGAUGUUCAUGCUACCAAGGUGGACGCAGAAGAAGUUGUCAAAGCGAGCGAAAAGGUAAAAACUGCAUCGACGUCAUCUUCGCAGCCAGCUUCCUGCUUAAGGCCCUUCAUUGUAUUGAUCCAUUUCCUUGAUGAUCGGGCUGCAUCAGCAGAUUCUUUCAGUAUUCAUUCUAAAGCGGAAACCCUGGGAUCCGCCUGAGACUAUGUACUACUAGUCAAAAAAGAACCCUGAUAAACGUGGACCGACUACCUAGUGAUCCUCCUGAAGACCUGCUUCCUUUCGGAUAUCUCAUGAGAGUUCUAACAGUAUCUUCACAUAGCGGCGUUCGUUCCUGCGUUCGUGUCAUUGCUGCUGUUGCCGACUGCGACGUCCUCGUUCCAUGUAUGCCGAUUCUUUCCGAGCUUCGCCUACAAUGGGACAUGCAACGACUAAAAGCGAAGUCCCGUGUGAAACAAGCGGAUAAAUGCAAGAAGAACAACAAUGUUUAGUCUCCCAGAUAGUUACAACCGGUUAGUUUUCACCUCUACAAUUCUAGGCUUACCCCGUGCAACCACCAUCCGUAUUGAGUUCUUAAGCAAAGUAAUGCGUCGCCUGGAGCGCAUCAAAACAAACAAACUAGAUGUUAUAUUUUUUCACAUGAUAAUGAGAUGAUGAAGCAAGACUAUGUUGAAUCACAACACAGGAGCACACACGUGACAAGUCAUGAUUUGCGUUAUACUUGGAUAGAAAUAUUAGAAGAUGCCACUCCUGAAAAAAAUGAUCCGGUAUUCCAUCGGAAAGAUCAAUGAAGACAACGAUUUUCUUGGCGUUUACCCUUUCCAUGAUACAGCGUUGAUUUUUGGAACACACUGAAUCAGCUUGUACUAUAUGAGAUGAAGGAAGAU